UGACACGCGUAUAAAACUGCCCACGACAAAGGCCCAGACUGAACACCAUCUGCCAUGUCAGCGACACUCGCACGCACCGCUCUGCGACUCCGCCUGCCCACCGCGGGCCCCGCGCUGCGCCGCCACGCGCAUGGGCACGCCGACUACCAGCACAUCCCCUUCUCGUACGCGAACAAGACCGCCUUCGCCGCCAAGUGCGUCGCAUACCUCGGCCUCGGGUUCUCGCUCCCGUUCGUCGCGCUCGGGUGGCAGUGGUACAAGCCCGGGGGUUCAAGAACCCGUAGAUCAUUGCGUAGUGACGGAGAGCGCGGAGCGUAGCUUAGAUGGGUCUGUAUCCACUGUCUACAUGUAUAGCACAUGGGAACAGUUCCCUGCUGACAGCGGCUUCCAAUAUAUUUGGGGGUUUUCUUACCGCGAGCAGCAGCUGUUUUUUCAA